AUGUCCUCGUUGCGCCAAACGUGGGCGUUGCCCAUUGCAUUUCUGGUCGUUACGAAUGCCGCCUGGACGUGGUAUAGGCUGCUCGCUGAACAUGUUCCAGAACCAUAUCUGGACGAGGUGUUCCAUAUCCCGCAAGCCCAGAGAUAUUGUAAAGGCGAUUACACAUGGGACCCCAAAAUCACGACACCGCCGGGCCUGUACCUCGCGUCCAAGCUUAUUUCCAUUUUCGUUGGAUGCAAUAUUCCUUCUCUCAGAGGUCUUAAUGUCACGGCCAUCUCUGUUGUCUGUGUCGUUGCAUACCACAUUCGGCGGAAUCUACGUCUGCAACGGGAACAGUCAAAUCGACACCAGGAUGACGAGCAGAGUGACCCAUACGACGCUCAUUCUGCCCUGAACAUUGGCCUGUUCCCGCCGCUGUUCUUUUUCUCUGCGCUGUACUACACGGACGUCUUAUCUACCCUGACGGUUCUUGCGCAUUACGGCGCAUUUGUGCAGAGAAGCGGAGCUCAGAGCCGCUGGGGGCCGUCGAAGCAAUUGGCCUUCAUCGUCCUUGGAAUCAUAGCCCUGUUAUUCCGCCAGACAAACAUCUUUUGGGUUGCUAUUUUUCCUGCCGGUUUGGCUGCCGUUGAAGCGUUGAAAAGGGACGGUGGAAUGGAAACCUCAACUCCGAGUCGCCGGCCCAUUGAGGUCUUGAAGCAGUGUUGGACGGAGGGCAAGGUCUAUGACUCAAGUGCUCGAGAUGCUGGACCUCAAGACUACAUUCUCACUGUGCUUUCGGUGAUUCUAGCGGCCAUGCAGAGACCACGAUCAUUGAUCAACGCUAUUCUACCGUACCUUGCACUUGUGGUUGUAUUCGUGGCCUUCGUGCUAUGGAACGGAGGCGUGGUGCUUGGCGACAAAUCAAACCACAUCGCAACGGUCCAUACACCUCAAAUGCUCUACUUUUGGCCAUACGUUUUCUUCUUCUCAUUUCCUCUUCUCCUACCCGUACUCCUUGGACCGGUCGUCCGCCUUCUCCCUGAUUCGAGCCUGAAGUCCUGGUAUCAGGAGAAUCUAAUCAGGGAGGCGGACGCCGCCACCCCUGGGCUCUCCUCAGCCUUCCUCUUCCUCGCAUUUGGAACAGCAGCGGUUCACUUCAACACGAUUGUGCAUCCGUUCAUCCGAGCAGACAACCGGCACUACGUCUUCUACGUAUUCCGCAUUCUACUCCGUCACUGGGCGUUCAAAUACGCCGCAGUUCCCAUCUACUAUGCUUGCGCCUGGACCGUCACACAGAGACUCGCAAUGGUUCCAACGGCGACCGUGGAAACGCGGAAACAAAGCACUGAUGUGCGAUCGACGCCCAAGACGCCGAUUCACCCAUCUUGCACAGCAAGUUUCGUACUGGUGUGGCUCGCGGCAACGUCCUUGUCCGUGGUGUCAGCGCCCCUCGUUGAGCCUCGAUACUUCAUCGUCCCGUGGACCAUCUGGCGAUUGCAUGUACCGCGUGUCACACCUGCAGGCCGGAAGUCGAGAGCCCCAUUGGAUGUCACACUGAUACUCGAGACGGUGUGGUAUCUUGCCGUGAAUGCUAUCACUGGCUAUCUGUUCCUGUACAGAGGGUUUUCGUGGCCGAGUGAGCCGGGAAAGGUCCAGCGAUUCAUGUACUGA